UGCCAUGCGCGCGCUGCUGCCGCUGCUGCCGCUGGUGCGCGCGGCCCGGGGCUGGCGCUCGGGGGUCCCCGGCGCGGGGCGGGGGGCGGGCGCCGGGCCCGCGCGCCGCGCCAUGGCCCAGUACCGCACGGAGCAGCGCGGCCCGGCGCGCUCGGCCGACUUCCGCCUCUUCUUCAAGAACACUUCCGGCCACUACAUUUCCCCCUUCCACGACAUUCCUCUGAAGGCGGGUGACUCUGCAGAGGGGAACGGCCUUCCCGCCAAGAGAGCCCGGAGCGAUGCCCAUGAGAAUUUGUUCCAUAUGAUUGUAGAAGUGCCUCGGUGGACCAACGCUAAGAUGGAGAUCGCCACGAAGGAGCCUCUGAACCCCAUCAAGCAGGACGUGAAGCGCGGGCGGCUGCGCUUCGUGGCCAAUGUCUUCCCCCACAAGGGCUACAUCUGGAACUACGGGGCCCUCCCACAGACCUGGGAAGACCCUCAGAAGAAGGACGAGGACACGGACUGCUGUGGAGACAACGACCCCAUCGACGUCUGUGAGAUCGGCUCUAAGGUGCUCUCUCGUGGCGAGGUCAUACGCGUCAAAGUCCUUGGGAUUCUGGCUCUUGUUGAUGAGGGUGAGACUGAUUGGAAAGUAAUUGCCAUCAAUGUGGAUGACCCCGACGCCUCCAAGCUUCACGACAUCGAGGACGUGAAGAAGUACAAACCCGGGUACUUGGAAGCCACGCUCAGCUGGUUCCGGUAUUACAAGGUGCCAGAUGGAAAGCCAGAAAACAAGUUCGCGUUCAACGGCGAAUUCAAAAACAAGGCUUUUGCUCUCAAGGUCAUCGAGUCUACGCAUGAAUGUUGGAAAGCCUUGCUCAUGAACAAGUGUGAGAGAGGGUCUAUUGAGUGCACCAAUGUGCAGGUCUGUGGCAGCCCGUUCCUUUGCACUCAGGAGAAAGCAAGAGCAGUCGUGGAAUCGGUACAUCCAGGAACUUCAGAGAGCAGCGGAAGUGAGCCAGAAGAGCAAGUGUGGCACUUCCUCAGCACAAACUGAAGCUUCGGAAGCCCCUGCCCUCCAGACUCUGAGACUGCGUCCCUGCGCCUGGAGCCGGGCUCGGCCUGGAGGAUUGGCUGACUUCAGUGGAAACUUCAUCCCCCCCCCCCCCCCAGAUAUUUUGAGAUUCGUAAAAUGUA